AUGGCACCAAACCGUGCUAUUCGUGAAACCUAUACAUACCGACGCACGGCAGGAGCACAAGAAACGGCCUUGACGCGCUUCUAUGGCCUUCCCAAGGCGCACAAGAAGGGUGCUCCUCGCCGAUCCAUCGUAUCCCUGGAAGGCACUCCAACGUACGAACUAUAUAAGUGGCUGUUUUGGCGUCUCAAAUUUCUGAGCACUGAUUUGGAGACUAUGGGCACUUCAUCAAUACUUACAGGAGGUCUGGCAGUCAAGGCCCUCGUACCACUCCUACGAAGCAAAUACGAUGAGAUGAAGAAUCUCCUCGAUCACGCCCAGAUUCUACAGGUCCUGAGCAUCGGUCUCAGGACUUACUUAACAUUCGACUGA